ACCAUGCCCUGCCCUCCUCCACAGCAUUGUGAACACCAGAAACAGAUUGAACCCUUCUAAUAGCCUACCGAACUGCAUGAAACAAGUUAAAAUGGGUUUGUUUUACAUUCUGUCAAACUGGGCCUGUUAUGCUAUUUGCUAUAGUUUCCUUCUGAUUGCAGUUGCGUUCCUUGUUUAUUGUUUGUAUAUCAAACACAUUCACAUGAAAUAUGAUCAUAUCCCUGGCCCACCAAGAGACGGCUUUUUAUUUGGGCAUUCAACAACAGUGUUGGAGGAAACACGAAGUGAUAGAAAUCUUCACGACAAAUUCCUAGAGUGGGCUGAAAUGUAUGGGCCAGUCGUUAGGAUUAAUACUCUUCACGUCGUUGUAAUACUUGUGACAUGUCCAGAGGCUACUAAGGAGAUCUUGAUGUCCUCCAAGUACCCUAAAUCUAAAAUUGUAUUCAAACAACUCCAUGGACUUUUUGGAGAAAGGUUUCUUGGAAAUGGCUUGGUUACAGCUACCGAUCAUGAGCAGUGGUAUAAACAACGACGGAUCAUGGACCCUGCCUUCAGCAGUCUGUACCUCAGGGGUCUGAUGGGGACCUUCAACGAGAGGGCAGAAAACCUCAUGGAUGAACUCACAAAGUUAGCAGACAGCAAAAAAGAAGCAAAGAUGCUCCAGUUGGUCAACCGUGUGACCUUAGAUGUCAUCACCAAGUUGGCCUUUGGAAUGGACUUGGAUCUCCACAAAAACCAUGAAUCACCUUUCCCUAGAGCCAUUGAGACGUGCCUGAAAGGCAUGGUUCCUUACGUCCGAGACAUGUUUUUUCAGCUGAACCCAAAAAACCGGCCGUUCAUCAAAGAGGUGAGGGAGGCGUGCCAGCUUCUGCGGACCACAGGGGAAGCCUGGAUCUCCAAACGGAGAACCGCCAUCCAAAAUGGUGAAGAUGUACCCAAAGACAUCCUCACUCAGAUCAUCAAAUCAGCUGGACAAGAGGAAAUGACUAAAGAAGAUGAGGAUCUUAUGUUGGACAACUUUGUGACGUUCUUCAUUGCGGGACAGGAAACUACAGCCAAUCAGCUUGCAUUCUGCAUCAUGGAACUAGCAAGAAACCCUGACGUCAUGGGAAAAGCGCAGAAAGAGGUGGAUGCUGUUCUUGGAAUGAAGCAGGAGAUUAGCUAUGAUGAUUUGGGAGAGCUGACCUACCUCUCACAGGUGCUGAAGGAGACCCUUAGGAUGUAUCCCACGGCUCCGGGAACUAAUCGUGAUUUGCCGGAGGACAUGACAAUCAGUGGUGUUCACGUACCUGCAGGAGUUAUGUGCUUGUUUGACUCCUACGUCUGUGGGAGGAUGGACAAAUUCUUCAAGGACCCACUGACGUUUGAUCCGGACCGGUUUCAUACUGACGCUCCCAAGCCCUACUACUGUUACUUCCCCUUCGCUCUCGGACCACGCUCCUGUCUGGGACAGAAGUUUGCACAGAUGGAGGCUAAGGUGGUGAUGGCCAAAUUGCUUCAGAGGUUUGAGUUCAGCCUGGUGCCAGGACAGUCCUUUGACAUCCUGGACAUUGGAACCUUGAGGCCUAAGAGCGGGGUCGUUUGCAACAUUGCACACAGGAAUCCCAACAUAUGAAACUUUAUUUUGCAAUGAGCAAUUCUUCAGGUGACCUCUCUCUCUUGGGGCAGGUGGAAGACUCCCAGUCCCGCUAACCGGGACUAUAAAUAUACUGGGUUUGAUUCCCAACGACUGAAAUCUACCGGUUGCAUCCUUGAGAAAGAUAGCUCAAUCAAAUUCAUCAUUGUUUACUGAUUUUCCGCCAGCACGCAGCAUAGACCCAUAGAAGCUAUACAUAUGGUCUGCUACUAACUACAUGAUUCUCCAUCACGGAUCUUCAUCAACUAUUGUUUGUUAAUGUAUUUACAUGAUGGGACUGGCAGGUAUGCCUAUACUGAACUUCGUUUUAGUCACGUUUUUCUGCGAUAUGUCGAUGUCUUGCAGGAUUCUCUUGCUCGCCAGCUCUAUCCGUCUGUAACGUGUAUAAGAAAUACUUUGAAUAUUUUAUUGAAUUUCCUGCUGAAAUAUGUAUAUCAGUGGCGGCUGGUGGUUUUUAAAGUGAGGAAGGACUGCACGCUUGUUUGCCAUUGGCCUGCUUGCACAGUUGUUGUAUAUGGCGGCAUAAGAAUGUGAGACUCAAGUUGUUUCCGGGUGUUUUGGUGAACCACAAAAUAGUAGGGAGGGAUAGUUAUGUGAAUAAAAUUGAUACAAAGCCACCAGUGGCAUCACUGUAAUUUGAAAGGCAGCAUGUCUUUGAAAUGGACUACAAGGGCAGAAGGAAAGGAUGCAAAGCCCAGUAGUCAAAUCAGGCCUAAUCUGGAUUUGUAAAAGUAAAUUAAAAAACCUGGGCCUAUUUUUGCCCUCAAUGACUGAAGUUAUUGGUUGUAAUUUAGCUAUGUCGCAUUAGCAGCACCAACGUGAACUUGACACUUGUCGUUGCGUUUGGUUGCCCUAUCAAGUCAUCAGUCAAACCAUGAACAGCCCACGUUGGAGAUUUGCCAUUAUUCAUUAGCAAACAGGGACAGCAAUACAGUCGAUUGCUAGUAAUGCUACCAGUAAGCCAUGAGUACCUAGCAAACCAUGUAGCACCCACAACACUGACGAUGCCAUUACAUUUGGUGAUCUCGAUUUUGCGAAGUGAAAGUGGUCUGCCUUUUUCUUUGGUCGCUAACUUAGCACUGUAACUCAAUGAAUGGAAUGCUUUGUAAUUAAACAUGAACAAUGUCCUCUGUUUCCACUGUUUCCAUUGUACAAUUUAUUCGCAAAUGUUAGAAUCUCGUUAUCCUCCAGAAGAUUUCUCCGGCUUUGUGUCUCGACUGUUACGGUUGUGUUAUUGGAAUUCACAGCCCAUCUGCUUCAGAAGAACUAUACCCUUCAGUAUGGAGAUUCUCCAACACAGUGGAGCACCACCACUUCCUGCGAUGUGUUAUGUCAUGCUGUGGAAUAAAACGGUAUAUCAGUCAGAAUUAACUUCCAAAGACAGCAAUGAGAGUAGACUGUUUGUACUCGACUACAUCAUCAUUUUGCAUUA